GCUGAGGCGACGGAGUCCGGUCCCGUCCCGUCCCGUCCCGUCCGGUCCCGUGCGCUGCCCAUGAUCCCGCCGUAGGUGUCGGGGCGGCGUUGGCUUUGGCGUUGGCGUUGGGGGGAGGCUGGUGCGGCGCGGGCCGCCCCAUCGCCAUGAAUCUCCGGGGCCUCUUCCAGGACUUUAACCCCAGCAAAUUUCUUAUCUACGCCUGCCUGCUGCUGUUUUCUGUACUACUGGCUCUCCGUCUGGACGGCAUAAUUCAGUGGAGUUACUGGGCUGUCUUUGCUCCAAUAUGGCUGUGGAAACUAAUGGUCAUUGUUGGAGCUUCAGUUGGAACUGGAGUUUGGGCACGAAACCCCCAAUAUCGAGCAGAAGGAGAAACAUGUGUGGAAUUUAAAGCUAUGUUAAUUGCAGUAGGCAUCCACUUACUACUGUUGAUGUUUGAAGUUCUCGUCUGUGACCGGAUUGAAAGAGGAAGCCAUUUCUGGCUUUUGGUCUUCAUGCCGUUGUUCUUCGUCUCUCCGGUGUCAGUUGCAGCUUGUGUGUGGGGGUUCCGACAUGACAGGUCUCUAGAGUUAGAAAUCCUGUGCUCUGUCAACAUUCUGCAGUUUAUAUUCAUUGCACUAAGACUGGACAAGAUCAUCCACUGGCCAUGGCUUGUUGUUUGUGUUCCACUUUGGAUUUUAAUGUCUUUUCUGUGCCUCGUAGUACUGUACUACAUAGUUUGGUCUGUGCUAUUUUUGCGUUCUAUGGAUGUGAUCGCCGAGCAAAGGAGGACACACAUAACGAUGGCCAUCAGCUGGAUGACAAUUGUUGUUCCACUUCUUACAUUUGAAAUACUACUUGUGCACAAAUUGGAUGGCCAUAAUGCUUUCUCAUGUAUACCUAUAUUUGUCCCACUUUGGCUUUCCUUGAUAACUUUAAUGGCUACCACUUUUGGACAGAAAGGAGGAAACCACUGGUGGUUUGGAAUUCGCAAAGACUUCUGCCAGUUCCUGCUGGAAAUUUUCCCAUUUCUUAGGGAAUAUGGAAAUAUUUCAUAUGAUCUGCAUCAUGAAGAUAACGAGGAAACUGAAGAAACACCUGUUCCGGAACCUCCAAAAAUCGCCCCUAUGUUCCGAAAAAAGACUAGGGUAGUCAUUACACAGAGUCCUGGAAAGUAUGUCAUCCCACCUCCCAAGUUAAAUAUAGAUAUGCCAGAUUAAGAACCUGAAGUUCAGGAGAAGGACAAUAUGUAGUAGGGGAAAUAUACGAGAUCUUUCUCACACUCUACCUGCCUUUCAUGCCCAUAAACUGGAACUGAAAAUGGAUAGCCCAAUGCCUUCAUCUCAUGCCUUGUUUGGAGGAUUUGAUGGACACCAGUGAAUUGAAAGUAUGAAAUAUAGAUAUUGGAAAUAUUUUCACUCAGCUUUUGGGUGCAUAAACGGUUUAGAUUGGCGCACAAAAGCUCAAACUAGCUGUGAAUUGAAUUGGUUUAGUAAAGUUCACAGAUGGCCUACGUGACUGCUUUUAAAAUACUACCCAUUCCUAUCAAAAAUAUUGCUAGGAAAUGUUAUUUUUUAUCCCCGGAUCAUCUAAACGAAUAUCUCAUAUUUUUCCUGUGUGUGUUACAGUCUGCUGCAAAUGUAAAUAUUUCUCUGCCCUACCACUUGUUUGAAAAGAUAGGUAUUAUUUCUUGUGUUCCUACUGUUCUUUAGGCAUGUUGAUAGCUGUCUUACUAUCUAAAUGGCGACCUUUCUAAUGGAGUGAAUCCAUAACUGUAUAGUAUUUAUAUAUUUUAGCAAUGUAAUAUAUUCGGUUAAAUUCCAGUUCUGUACAGUAUAAAUAUAUUGUGUUAAACUAUUUUUUUAAAAGCCUGUAUGUGGAAAUGUAUACUAUUUCAGAAAAUGUCCUUUCGAUUCUUUGAACCCAUUACUGCAUUCUUAGUGUGGCAUUUUACUCAAGAAGGGUGACCACGGUGAUCGAAAACUGCGUCGAUCUGAAAUUCAGGUCUCUGUAUACUCAGGUCUAGACCUAUCAAUAAACUGGUGACUUUUAAACUCUGGUAUAGCAGAUAACUAGUUAGCAGAAGAACAAAUCUAAUGCCAUUGGAAGUAGGCAAAUUUCCCUAGUUGAUUCCUGCCUUUCCCUAAUGAAGCAUCAGACCGUAGAGUCAUCUCACUGACUCUCUUGAAGUCCCAAGCCUAUUUCAGCUCUAGCCUCUAGAACACCUAGAGAAAUAUGCUUUAUCCAUUUGAUAUCCUCAGAUUUGAAGGUUUAUAAGAAAAAUCAGAAUUUGAGAAAAGUCUAAAACGUUCUUACCUGCCAGCAGACAGGAACCCUGAUACUUUUCUAUCAAUUAAAAUGUGUUUGUAUUGUCAGUACCAUACUGCUCCAGUGAUUAGAGGUGAGAAAAUCGAUCUCUCAUACACAUCUUUUUUUAGUUCCAAAAAAAAAAAAAGGGGGGGGGGGGGGACUGGGGUGUUGAUGGUAACUCCUCUUCAGGGUAUGACUUGAAGAUGGUGGGGUCAUAAUUUAGGUAAAAGUCUAGAUUGAACUUCAUGUAAAUUAUGUAAAUAACCGUAAUAACCUUUGCACUGGCCUGGAGCAAAUAUGUUCUGUUGGAAAAAAAAAAAGUGUAGUUCUUCCAGUUUUGUGUGUAAACAGUUUAGCUAAAUUCACUAUUUUUCCCUACCCAGCUGUUCAAUAAAUUCCCAUUUUUCAUGUGCA